UAUACGGUUCGCUUCCAUGGUAUAAAUAUGUAAAUACAAUAUGGCCGACAGAAGCGGAACGUUGCGAGUUUUUCCGAAUGGCACUUUGCCAAUUGAUUAAAGAACAGCGAAGUUUGUAUAUUCGCUGGCGUUUCGUGUGUGAGCGCCGUUCAAACAACAUGGAUUAGAUGAUAGAGCGUGAAACGUUUGGACUUUUCGAACGUUACGAGAUGUCACGAAGGUGGUGUUAUUGAAGAAUGUUUAUUUCUUGAGGGAAAGAGAGUAAUCGUAUUACCGAACUUUCUGCAGCAAUAUGAGAUAAAUCGUUACGAAAUCCGUGUUUCGUCGAGCACAGCGGUACCGUGGGUUUACGUUCGAUUUGCCGGCAUUUCGUUCAACAAUGUCUAAAGUAUAGGUACUGUCAUGGACACAGAUGUAGAACUUGCCAAAGGUGAAGGGUGUGAAACUAGUCCAGGUUGCUCUGGCUAUUCUAGCAUGGUGCACAGCAAAAAAGUUAUCAAACAUGCACUACGACAACAGGCCAAAAGACGUAGAAAAAACACAACGAUAGCAGCUGGCAAUUCUCGCACUUUGCCAAGGAUUGUCGUCAAACCAUUGCCUCCACCUCCCCCGAAUGACCCGCCAUCUCCGGUCAACAAUGUACAGCAUAUUAACAAUACUACCGAAGAGCCUGCUGCCACAAUGAGAGAAGUCCUGGCUAGUUUGCCAGGAUUUAGCUUAAAGUCUGGGCGUAGACGAUCGACGAAGAGAUUGUCGGCGACCGCGCAGCUGGAGGCUGGUCUUGUAGAUCUUGAGUCUCCAGCGAGUAUUCUAGCGAGCACGAGUUUGCGUGCUCUUUUAAAUAGGCAUACCUUUCAAGGUUUACCACCUUUGUAUCAAAGAAAACUUGCGCAGCUUUUGCCUGCUGUAGAUAGACAGGAUGCCGCCACAUCCGGAUUGAACAAUGAAUUUUUCGCGCGAGCGUGUCUGGAAUGGCGUAAACGCUUGGCGGAAGGAGAAUUUACUCCAGAAAAUCAACAACGAUUAAAGAUGGAAGCAGAGAGGGAUAAGAAUAAAUUAGAUCCAUGGAAAGUGAAGCAUUUCGAGCCGAUAUGGGGUGAAAAACGCGAACCCAAACUUAGGUCGGGUCUGCAUUGUAUUUCGGAGUCAAGAUCCAGCGGAGCUGUAACGCGUUCAAGUUUAAGACUUCGUUUGGAAUCCACUGUAGAUAUACCUGUAUCGGAUACUCCUUGUCCUAUUAUUAUGACUGAAGAUAAAAUCGAAGAAGAUAAUUGUAAAAUUGACCCUAGCAUUAAUAAUUCGGACGAAUUGAAUGAAACAGCGCGAUUACAAGAAUUAUUACCAGCAGAAUAUAACGAUACAACACAUACAUUAAUAGAUGAGAAACAUUUAGAAUCUGUAAACAUAAGUUCUGUAGAAACGAUAGCGGAUACCGAAAUGCAACAAGUUAAACCAGAGGAAGAUGAAAAACUUACGACACUUUCGGAGAAGCAAGAUGUAGUCGAAAAGAGCGAAAUAAUAACAGAAGUUUGUCAGGAAAGUAUUUCGAACGCGUAUAAAGAGGAAAUUCAAUUACCUAAAAGUGAAAACGAUCUCCAGCCAGUGAAGGAUCAUAUAUUCGAAGUUACAGAAGAGGAUACAAAACUUUUAUCAGAGGAGAAUACCUCGCCGAUAUCUAGCGAGCACAUAGAACAAGUAUCUCACACACCUAGCGAAACGACGCCUCAAAUAUCUACGGAAUGCACGCCUCAGACUCCGAUAGAUGAAGUACCUCAAAUAUUGAAAGAAGAGAUGCCUCAAAUUGCCGAGGAGCACAUUUAUCCGAUCUCUGAUUGCGAAACUACGACGAUCCUUGAAACUUCACCGUCUCACGAGCAAGUUGGACCAACAGAAAUUGUUAUGGAAGACACAACGUUGAUUAGCAAUAAUCAGGCUGAAACAACUCAGGUUCCUCAUGAAAAUCCAACAGACGGUGAAUCGCAGAUUCCCGAAGGAAUGGAGAUCGAUAGCGAAACGUUACAACGUAUUCAUGAAUUGGAGGUGAGAGGAGAAAUGCGGGAAGCAUACGAAGAAAUUUCGGGGUGCCCCGAGGAAAUAAUGUAUCCAAUUCUCGAUGGAAUGGAGAUGGGAACGAAUAAUAGAGAAGAGACUGAAACACAAGUGGUUUCGGGUCAGCCCGAAACCACUAGAGAUCAGCAAGAUGUAAACGGCGGGAAUGAAGACGAAGCUCUUCGAGAGGCUAAUAAUUACGUUUAUUCUGAAAUGCUAGAGUGUAGCUGGUCAGACCCAACAGUUAAUAAUAUUAAUAAUAACAACAGGACACAGGAAGAACUUCAAGUUCCGUGGCCACUAGUAGCCGCAGCUUUGGAUGGAUCUGUAGCUGCUAACAUUACAGUGACUACUCAGGAUGAAUGUAACGAUACACCUACUACAACUGAUUCGACGAAUCAAUCUCAACAGUUCAUUAACGCGGAUUCGAACGUGGAAUCGGUUAACUGUAUUCAACUACCAGUUGUUCAAGGCACUCAGUUUCAGUCGGAGAGUCUCGCGAUUGGCACACCGGGUACAAGUUGUAUCAUGAAGAACUUCCAAUCUCAAAGUUCGCCAAUCCUCGCGUUUCCACAAUUACAAUCAAUCAGAUUCGUGCAAACCAGUUUUCAUUCCGACCAAACCGCCGCCCCGUCUUUGAAUAGUACGUCUCCGAUAACUGCUCAACUUCCCAAUCAACAAAACACGAAUUCACAAGUGAACAUAAUGAGAACGCAAGAAGAGGUAACUCAAUUAAACGUCCAGAAUAACAAUGCGCGAAACGUUAGAAACAACGCAACGCAAAAUCAAGUACCGAAUCCCGUGCCGGCUACGAUUGGUGUGCAGCCACAGAAUCGCGCGCAAAACACUAUCGUUAUUCAACAUCAAACGCCAGCCCCUACACAACCGCGACAAGUCGUCGCGACCAUCCAACAGCAACAGUAUCCCGGAGCAUCGGUCGCGGUGUCCUCGAGAUCCUCUCGUUCUACUAAUCAAGGCAGUCAAAGGGGCUCUAGAAAUAACAAUAAGGAACAAGGAGGGGGCAGAUCUCGCAGCACUACAAAGGAACCACCUGGUGCAGUUAAUUUGGAACGCAGCUAUCAGAUAUGCCAAGCGGUUAUACAAAGUUCACCAAAUAGAGACCAAUUGAAAGCUCAUUUAAAGCCUCCGCCUAGCUUACUUGCCAGAGGUGAUGGUGCGUUUACUACUAAUAAAUCUGGCGGCCGUACGGUUACGACCGUCAAAACUCAAAAACCACAACAAACAAUGCAACACAACAAACAAGCUCAAAAUAAAACCCAAGCAGUUAUGCUGAGACACGUGUUUACCACAGCGCGUCAAGCUACGUCAGCGGAGGUUCCAGAAAGCAAUACGGUAGCACAGUUAGGAUCCACGACGACAGGUGGAUUGGGGCAAUAUAUACUCGUACAAAGGACAGGAGUUGGAGAUAGCGCUCCAAGAGCAUCCUCUGCUCCACCUCUGCCUCCACAAAUUGCUGGGAUGGGAGUUGGAGUGCAUUUAGUGCGUGGUAGACCAGCAAGCGCGGGAGAAGGUUCGCACCAAGCCGUGACGUUGAAGGCAAGGGGUGUCGAUGGCAGAGGAGGUGGGGGCGCCGAACCUGGUGCACCUGGUAUGAUAAUGGGAGGCGACCCACCACCCCCAUGUGAAUGUAAUAUGCGUGGUGCUAUGGUAAUAUGUCGGCAGUGCGGCGCCUUUUGCCACGAUGACUGUAUUGGGCCUCAACGUAUUUGUGCUACCUGUCUGAUACGUUAAUCAUUGUUUACCAAUUGUUUAUGUAUAAAUACAAAGCCGUGUGACGAGAGUGCUGAGUAUCAAAUUACGGAAACAGAGGCAUUAGAGAUGUCGUUGUUUCUUUGGAUCUUUACUACAAAAAGAAAGAAAACAGUGAAAAAUAUAUUGCAUAAAUUUCAAAUAGAUGAGAUGAGAUUUCAUGUCUUCAGCGAACAGCCGAGUUUGUUGUCCAGCACUUUUAGCGUGAACAGUGAUUUGCGUAGUUGAGAGAUGGGGGGGGGGGGCUACUGUUGCAACUAUUUCGAGAUAUUCUAAUUGUUUCGUCUUUUUUUUUUUCAGAAUUGAUCGGUAGGUAUUUUUUGUUUGAAAAAAUGUUUUAAAAUUUUGCUGUGUAUCAUUUUAUCUGGUUUUCCUUUCGUUUCUUUUAUAACGAAUUUCAAUGCUUUUAUCGAAUUGAAGGUAGCGGAUUACCUUGACGAUCUUGAUAACGAAAGUAUUGCAACUGCGUCCUCGUAUCCUCUUGUCUAAUAAGACAAAGAUAAAUCUCUUACAGUCAGAUUCUAAUACCGUCUUCCAGUAAGCAUCACAUUCUUUAAUAUGCGUCUUUACUAUUUAUUUAUUAACGAAAGUUAAGUUUAUUCUUAUUACGUAGGUGUUCCUGUACACGAUGAUCUCAAACGCGUUAAACAAAAAUAUCGAAUAAAUUAUUCUUAGAUACUCUUGUAAUCGUGUUUCUCUUGACACAUCGAACAGACUUUCUACACGUCGUGAACGAGUCUCUAUAGAACAUCAUCUUGUACAGGAAUAUCUCGGGACGAAUAUCGAUGAUGAUCAUUAUUAUUAAUCGAUUGCCAACAAUGACAAAAUCUGAUUAGAUAUUAAAAAGUGUAGAGUUUACGUAUCUUAGCUUUACCUCUCACUAUGUUGUAAACAUUUCUCUAGGAUAGCAUCGAAUACGUUAUUUGCUUCGCGUUAGUGUGAAAUUAAACGUCACGAGUGAGAUAUAGAACACGUAAAAUAAAGUAAAUCAGUCACACAGUUCUACGAUCGACAUUGCAUUGUGUAUAUAAUUCGCAUUUCGAACGAUCAUUCUUUUUUUUUUCGAGUACGUUUCUUAUAGUCUCUUCUCAUAGACUCUUAAUUCACGAACAGACUCACGGUGAUCGAAAUCUGCCGUAUAUUAUUUUCUUAUGCAACCGUAGUAAAGUACUGGAUCACGAUCGUUGCGUCUGUGGAUAAGCAUAAUAACAUUGAUUCACGUUUUGCUAGAGAGAAGUAAAAUACACGUUAUACAUCACCAUUUUCAUAUUUCAUAUGUUUAUCAAUGAAUUUUCAUAUUUAUGUUUAGUUGGAAUCAUCGAUAAAGGCAAGUAGUAUUAGUGCGAUUCAAUAGAAAACUAUUGUGUAUUAGUCGCUCAAUUGUAAAUAAAAUCAUAUACGUUUAAUGUGUAAAUUCGUUUAAUAUGCGCAGUGUGCGUGAGAUUACAGUGUGGAUUUAACGAUCGUAAGCGUUGUAGAGAAACGAUUACUAGAUCAGGAUACAGCGAUUACGCUGAUAUCUGAUCCAGUUUGCGACCUUCCAGUACUUACGAAGUUCGUUUUACUUUUAACACAACGUUAACGUGCGCUGAAUUCGUACUUUAAGUGAUGACAUAUUACCUAUCGAAAACAGCAAUAGCCACUUAUAUGUAUGUACAAAGAUAUUCUAUAUUUAAAAGUGCUGAAAUUAAAAAGUAGCUUUAAGUCAGACGUGAGUAUUCCUUUCGAACCAUGAAAUUAUUUUCAUCGCUUUUCGAGCUUCGUUACAAGAAUUACGAUUAAUAUAAGCAAAGAGAUCUACCCAUAAAAUUUGCUUCGCAAUAUAAUACUUGGAUCAUUGAAUGAAAGCAAUCAUUUUUCAUAGAAUAGUCGGGUAUUCCAUCAAUAUUCUGACUCUUGUAGUCAACCACUGUACUGAACGGGAUCUGUAAGAUACCAAUCAAGAUUAUAUUGGCAAAGUUUGAAGAAAAUCUAUCGAUGUUUGUAGCACAAGGAUGAAACAUUUAUCGCGAAGCUGAGCUGUAUGAAAAUUAUAAACAUUCAAAGAGCAAAUUGUGGUAUUAUAUUCUUCAAAUUUUGCAAAUACAAUCUAUAAUUUUAAUACUGUCUAUUAAAACUGUUUUACUGCGUUUAAAUACAUCUGUAUCUACGAAUUAAUAUUUACAUGCUUUAAAGUGUAUUUGUAUUACUUUAUAAUUUUAAUAGAUCAUCGCGUAUAGAAUAUUUUGUGUAUAUGUUCGCAUAAUCUUGUUUUCGAUCGAUGAUUAUAUUUAACGUUACUUCUCUUGUACGUUUUCCUUUUUUAUGUUUUUCACGAAACUUUCAACAUUUUCGAUCAGUGUGAUUUUCCAUUUUCCCAUACGCAUCUAAUAGAAUUAACGGCUGUGAUAAUGUUUCUCACUGGAAUUUUCGUUACACAAUAUUGUACUAGUUUUCCAACAUAAGUUUCAUUCGUUCAAUAAAUCCAUUAGAAAAUUUUGUGACGUGUCAGUAUUACAUGUAAAUAUUACUUUUUAUACGCGUCGAAUGAACUAUACUUAGCGAGUGUUGUAUUAAUUAAUCGGUAAGCAAGAUUCACGAGACGUAAUGCGAAGUUUUGUUUCAAUUUCAUUGCGAAGAUAAUAUUGCGAAUUUCGGUAAUUGAUUGUCGAAAAAAUUGUUGCUUUAAUUACACUUUAGGAAACGUCUGUUUCGAAAGAAUGAUCGAUACUGUACGAUCUUCGAAAUAAGAUUUUUUUAAUAAUAUUCCGACGCCUGAUUAAUGUAAAUACUAGGAUAUUAGUAUCCUAAGGGAAUAUAGAACGAAGUACGUUUUUUUUUUUUUCAUGUUAAUUAAGACUUCGACCGAUUAAAAAAAAAAGAAACUCGAUGGCAUUUCGAAUGGCAAUAAAGGAACAAAGGGCAUGCGUAAAAUUUUGAACAAUCGAUUCUAAUAUUCAGGAAGUCUUCAUCAUUCAGGGAAUUGAUAGCUAAAUAUUAAUAAUAAUAAGACGAAGAAAUGUUAAUGAUCUCAUCAAUUUACGGGAUCUUAUUUUAUACUUAUAGCAAUAAUAAUAAUAAUAAUAAUAAUAUUAAUAAUAAUAAUCUGUACAAAUGUCGCGUUAGUUAACAUUUCUUCAUCUGCUUUUAUCGACGGAAUAUUUGAAUCGACUUUUAAAUUGACGAUUAUAAGAAAUGUAGAGAUUCUAGUUGUGUUUCGAGAAUUAUUUUUGACUCCGUUUCAAUAGUGUAUUUUGUACAACAAAAAGAUCAACACAUCAAUGGACGUAUUAUUUUAUAUAAUUGUUUCGUAACUUAAUCGUUAUAUAUUUUAAUGUUUGUUUGAACGAACGAUGGAGGACAAUUGUACAGAAUGAUAUUUUCUGAUCGAACGAUGCGAUUAUUUUCUAAAAAUCAAUGGCAUAUUAACGAAACUGUUUAUACAAAAAUGUUUAGCUUUAGUGCUGUAUAUAGUGAAAAUGAUUUUUUUUUAAACAGAAAGGUCAUAUUUGAAGAUGAGUUUCCGAACUUUUCGAAGGAUUCGAAUUAUCUUGAAAUUACUUUAACCACUUAAGAAAUAAUCAUUUUUACGAUAAAAUUUACUCUUCGAUACUAAACGUUUUCCGUGUGAACAGUUUUCUAAAUAUAUUCCAAAAGUUUAGAUACUCGCAUCGAUAAUUUUGUGAAAAUCAUCCUGCACGUAAUUGUAACGAUUUCAAUAUUUACAAUAGAGUACAGAAUAAGAGUAAAACUUCUGUUUGGAGAAAACGCCUUAAAUGAUGGAUUGGAAUAAAAUAUAUUUUGGUCACUUUCAUCAUAAAAACAAGAUUUCUAAUAAUCAUUCAUUGGUAUACAUAUACAUUGCACAUAAAAAAUGUUAACUUAAUAUAAUCAAUGAUUUUUUACCAUCAUAUAAAUCCUCUUACGCCUUGUUGUAAUGUCGUAGCGUUGUGACUCUGUUGUGAGAAGUUCUAGGUUAAUUUUAUUAUAAUAACAUUUUAGAAGUAGAAAAUCAUGACUGGCGUUCAUCGCGCAAAACGUUGAGGGGACAUUUCGUUACGUAGAUUUCGUCUUCGAUAUUCUAUUAUUGUACAUCAUUUUUGAGGUACUAUGACGUGUGUAUCAUUUUGAUUUUUGCUGGAAAUCAUUAGGAAAAUCUAUCUGUGACUAAAAAAAUAAAUAAACUCCGUUUUAACCGAAACAA